GUUCAUCGAGUAUUUCGAUAUCUCAUGGAAAGAAACUAUCGAAUUUAGUAUCGAUUCUGCUCACACACGGGGAAUGACUCGCCGUUUCGUUUAAUGGUCAAACGGUGAACGUGAAAUGGGGCAAAAUCAGUCUGGUACUGGAGGUACAGGAGGUGACAGGAAGGAUGACAAAGACAAGAAAAAGAAGUAUGAGCCCCCUAUUCCGACAAGAGUGGGCAAAAAGAAGAGACGUAUUAAGGGACCAGAUGCUGCUUUAAAGUUACCUCAAGUCACUCCUCACACCCGUUGCAGACUAAAGCUUCUGAAGCUAGAACGUAUAAAAGAUUAUUUAUUAAUGGAGGAAGAGUUUAUCAGAAACCAAGAAAGGCUGAAGCCUCAGGAAGAGAAAAAUGAAGAAGAAAGGUCUAAGGUUGAUGACUUACGAGGAACUCCAAUGUCUGUAGGAACAUUAGAAGAAAUAAUAGAUGAUAAUCAUGCCAUAGUUUCCACAUCCGUUGGUUCUGAGCAUUAUGUGUCUAUCUUAUCAUUUGUAGACAAAGAUCAGUUAGAACCUGGCUGUUCUGUCCUAUUAAAUCAUAAAGUUCAUGCAGUUGUUGGAGUAUUGGGUGAUGAUACAGAUCCUAUGGUUACAGUAAUGAAAUUAGAAAAGGCUCCACAAGAAACUUAUGCAGAUAUUGGUGGGCUUGACACGCAAAUUCAAGAAAUCAAGGAAUCUGUAGAAUUGCCCCUAACUCAUCCGGAAUAUUACGAAGAAAUGGGUAUCAAGCCUCCCAAAGGAGUCAUACUUUACGGUCCUCCAGGAACGGGUAAAACAUUAUUAGCGAAAGCUGUAGCGAAUCAGACGUCAGCCACUUUCCUAAGAGUUGUUGGUUCUGAACUCAUACAGAAGUAUCUGGGCGAUGGCCCGAAACUUGUAAGAGAAUUAUUUAGAGUCGCGGAAGAACACGCUCCUUCGAUCGUAUUCAUAGAUGAAAUCGAUGCUGUUGGCACAAAACGAUACGAUAGUAACAGCGGAGGAGAACGCGAGAUUCAAAGAACUAUGUUAGAACUCCUCAAUCAGCUU